CUCCCCCGCUUUCUCCACCAUGGCGACUGCUGCUCCUCCUCCCCGUCCACAGCAUCAUCAUCAACCUAUAGCUCAACGCUGCCCUUCAUGUCCUCCAGAACAGACAUCCUUCGACUGGGCAGUGUCCGUUCUCUCCCAACCCCUACCUCCAAGCGUGAGAGAGAUCCUCACCGCCUACUCCAAGAAUGGGCGGGAAGAUCGCGAGCUCCUCCUCACCCUCUUGGCAGCAAAGACAGCAGAGGAUAACAGGAUCGCACACCAAAUGGCACUCCACCGUUCCCUCCUCCAUCUACAAUAUGACCUCCCCCUCUCCCCUCCACCCGAACACUCUUCCCUCCCCCACCCUUACCCUCUCUAUCCCGAUAAACCCCACACCAUCGAGCGCUCCGUCGCCUACACAGCGCAGGAUCACACCUACCCCUCUCCGUCUACCUCUUCCCCCCCAGGUCUUGGCAGCCGCUCACCACCCAUGCCCCCCGCUCCUCAAGCACUGGGGAAACGCCCGCGCUCACCUGUGUAUGCCCAGUAUGCCUUCGACUCGGGAGAGAAAACCUCACCCCCAACCCGAUCGUCCCCCAUGUCCCUGCGCGGGCUGCUAGAUCCCGCCCCCCUCUCUACCCCUACACCGUCCGCUCAGGGACAGGAAGACCGACCCUCUAAGCGCCCACAUCUUUCCCCUGCUGUGGAGGAACGUGCUUCCCUUUCCCCGCGAGAGGCUGCGUAUGCCAGGGUACCGGAGAGCAGUGUGCGCCUGAGUCCGGGCCAUAGGGUGAGCCAUGAACGAACGAGGAGUCGGGAUGGGGAGUAAUGGAGACACGUUGUGGGUGUAUGCGCGUGUGUAUGGUAUGCGUUGUAGGAGUGACGUGUGUUGGUAUUCGUCUUCUUUCGUUCUUUGUCUACAAUCGGUCUGUUCUGCUGCAAUAUACUACCAAUUCAAUGUAUUU